GCACUGACUUGGAGGAGCAGCUUCUAGAUUCAGAUCACCUGGACAGUUCUAAUUGCUGCUCUCGGGACUGCAAGAGACAUGAGCAGCCCUCCACCUUUGGAAGAGGAAGUGUAUGACAUGUCAGGGGCCCGCCUGGCACUGACUCUCUGCGUCACUAAGGCCCGGGAAGGUUGCGAGGCUGACCUGGACGCCCUGGAACGCAUGUUCGCCAAACUGGGGUUUGAGAGCACCACGAAGAGAGACCCCACUGCCCAGCAAUUCCACGAGGAGCUGAAGAAGUUCCAGGAGGCCAUGGACGCGCGUCAGGACUUCGUCAGCUGCGCCUUCGUGGUGCUCAUGGCGCACGGCAGGGAAGGGCUGCUCAAGGGGGAGGACGGGCAGAUGGUGGAGCUGCAGCAGCUCUUCGAGGCGCUGAACAACAAGAACUGCCUGGCCCUGAGGGGCAAGCCCAAGGUGUACAUCAUACAGGCCUGCAGAGGAGAGCAAAGGGACCCCGGGGAAAGCCUGGGGGGAGCAAGCCCGGGCGAUGACCAGCUCGCACUGCUGACCACGGACACUGUGCAGACCAUCCCCACCUACACGGACGCCCUGCACAUCUACUCCACCAUGGAGGGGUACAUCGCCUACAGGCAUGACCAGGACGGUUCCUGCUUCAUCCAGACCCUGGUGGACGUGUUCACAGAAUACCAAGGGCCCAUCCUGGAGCUGCUGACUGAGGUGACGCGGAGGAUGGCCGAGGCGGAGCUCAUUCAGGAGGGGAAGCCGAGGAAGGUGAACCCCGAGAUCCAGAGCACACUCCGGAAAGUUCUCUAUCUGUACUAGGGAGGUGGCCACGGCUGCCCUCUGGAGACCUGGAGGCAGGCCCCUCCCGCUCCCCCAGAACCCUCUCCCCCCGACACAGCGACCUCUCCACCUGUUUCAACCCUCGCGGGUGGGCGUUCAC